AUGCUAUUGUUUGAGCUGGAGUCCUGGGAAGAGGAAUUAUGGGAAUUGGAAGAAGAAUGAGCUGAGGUCGAAAGGAGCGACAAAGAUGAAGGCGAGGGGAGAGACAAGGAGAUCUAUGUAGGCUACUCAAGAAAAUUAGCUUGUAUGGAGAGAGAUUUGCUACAUUGGGAAGAACUGAUACAGGCGAUAGACAGAGCAGGCAAAAUGGGAAUCAGCAUAAGGGAAGAAGCAAAUAAUGGAGUUUCAAAGGUUUGCCAGAAUUAA